AUGGAUUCUAUCUCUUCGGCUCUUCCACAGCUCGCAAACCUCACUGUCAACCCGCCUUCUUCGCAGUUCCGGUCUAUACGUCUUGGAGGGCAGGACUUCAACCAUUGCUGUCUGUUAGCAUUGAACGAUUCUUUAAACUUUCGCGCUGGCAGUCUUUCAUUUCGUCAGCCUUCAUACAUACCCGACCUGACCACCGAUGAAUUCAUGCGCGCAGUCGAUCAGGGGCAUUUCCCAUGCGGCGCGUCAUACACCGGUGAUUAUUCGGGGGCACCCGAGGUCAGGGUCCAGUACGACUGGUGUGCUAACAGAUGUGACGGGUGGCAGAUCUCACACAGAGAUGCCUUGACUCAGUGGAUAGGACCUUUAGUCGGCUUCAUACUCCCUUGUAUUGCAUUCAGUCUCAGCAUCCCGCGAAGCUCCAAAUUGUCAGUUCCGUCAUGGAUCUUCAAGCCCGGACCUAACCAGACGAUGGGAUUGCUGGCCUCCAUCAUCCGCUUCCCACCUGCGUUGUUCAUAGUCGCCCUCGAUACGAUCUUGUGGUUGUCGAUAUGCUUUGCCUUCGCCGGUCCUAUGUUGCUCAGCGGGAUUUACGAAGCCUAUUUGGAUCACCGACUUCUGACAAUUCUUGAUCAAAACAUCCGUAUCGAUACUGAGAUUUCGACAAAACAUAUACACGUUGACGAGGUCACGAGUCUUAUAGAGGAUAUUGGGCCUGACUCUCCGUCUGACAACAUAAUGUUAGUCAAGGCUCGUCUUCAAGCGCUUUUAGCCAGCCAGAUGAGCUUUGGGUCUGCCCUCGGGGCACCGGUGGUAUUCUUCAUUGGUUCCUUUAUCUACAACUUGAUCGACAUUCGCAGCAAACUUGGCGACAAUGACACUGCUCAUGCUCUUGCUUUCGGAAUGUGGUGGAUGAUAGUUCCCGAACUGGCCAUCAUGUCGUGUCUCCUGCUCGCCGCCAAUAACCCGUCUGCACUGCACGGCAUCCUUGGCCGCCCUGUUGAGCAAGAAAUCAUAACAGAAAAGGACAACAAGUGCCGAUGGAAAUCUCUCACAGUAUUUCGCUGGAGUUCAAUAGAGGAUGCAUAUGGCGGCCGAUAUAAGACAGUCUGA